UUCCACUGGGCCCACCUCAAGAACCCUAACCCUAACCUCCCGCCCUCCAUCAAAUCCUACCACCUCACCGUCUCCUCCCUCGCCAAGAUCCGACAGUACCCCCUCAUGUGGUCCCUCGUCUCCUCCAUGAAGCGCCACUCCCUCCUCAACCCCGAGACCUUCGCCAUCAUCAUCCGCAACUACGCCCGCGCCCAGAAAUUCGACGAGGCCCUCUACGCCUUCAACGUCAUGGACAAGUUCGGUAUUGCCCCUGACCUCUCCUCUUUCAAUAGUUUGCUAAGUGCGUUGUGCAAGGCGAAGAAUGUUAGGAAGGCCCACCAAGUGUUUGAUGAAAUGUCCGAACGAUUCGAACCCGAUUCGAAAACCUACAGUAUACUCUUACAAGGAUGGGGGCUUGCCCCGAAUUUGCCGAAGAUGUUUGAGGUGUUUGAUGAGAUGGUUGAGAGAGGGUGCGAGCCCGAUAUAGUAACGUAUGGGAUUAUGGUUGAUUCGUUGUGUUAUGUUUCCUCUGCCCGCUUCUUCCACUGGGCCCACCUCAAGAACCCUAACCCUAACCUCCCGCCCUCCAUCAAAUCCUACCACCUCACCGUCUCCUCCCUCGCCAAGAUCCGACAGUACCCCCUCAUGUGGUCCCUCGUCUCCUCCAUGAAGCGCCACUCCCUCCUCAACCCCGAGACCUUCGCCAUCAUCAUCCGCAACUACGCCCGCGCCCAGAAAUUCGACGAGGCCCUCUACGCCUUCAACGUCAUGGACAAGUUCGGUAUUGCCCCUGACCUCUCCUCUUUCAAUAGUUUGCUAAGUGCGUUGUGCAAGGCGAAGAAUGUUAGGAAGGCCCACCAAGUGUUUGAUGAAAUGUCCGAACGAUUCGAACCCGAUUCGAAAACCUACAGUAUACUCUUACAAGGAUGGGGGCUUGCCCCGAAUUUGCCGAAGAUGUUUGAGGUGUUUGAUGAGAUGGUUGAGAGAGGGUGCGAGCCCGAUAUAGUAACGUAUGGGAUUAUGGUUGAUUCGUUGUGUAAGGCCGGGAGAAUUGAGAAGGCGGUCGAGGUUGUGAGGGAGAUGAGGGUUAGAGAUUGCCCGCCGACUUCUUUUAUUUAUAGCGUUUUGGUUCAUGGUUAUGGUGUUGAGAAGAGGAUUGAGGAUGCGGUGGAGACGUUUUUGGAGAUGGAGAGGAAUGGGGUGAUCCCGGAUGUGGCGGUUUAUAAUGCGUUGGUGUCUGCAUUUUGUAAAGUUCAUAGGUUUGAGAAUGUUUAUAGGGUCUUGGGGGAGAUGGGGGAGAAAGGGGUUGUUCCUAAUUCGAGGACUUGUAAUAUAAUUUUGAAUUGUUUGAUUGGUUUAGGGAGAAAUGAUGAGGCUUAUAGGUUGUUUAGGAGGAUGAUUAAGAUUUGUGAGCCUGAUUCGGAUACUUAUACGAUGAUGAUCAAGAUGUUUUUUGAGAGUGAUAGGUUGGAGAUGGCUAUGAAAGUGUGGAAGUAUAUGAGGAUAAAGCAGUUUGUUCCUAGUAUGCACACAUUCUCAGUGCUCAUUAAUGGGCUGUGUGAGAAGGGUGAAGUUGAUAAAGCUUGUGUUUUUUUAGAGGAGAUGAUUGAGAAGGGGAUUAGGCCGCCGGGUACAACUUUUGGAAGGUUGAAGAAAUUGCUCUUGGAAGAGCAUAGGGAAGAUGUGCUUGAGUUUCUUGAGGAGAAAAUGAAGAUUCUAGUUAAUGAGCCUUUAUGUGACUGAAGAUUGUCGAUCAUAUAAAGAAUAGCAUGUAUGUUGUGAAUUAUUUGUAUACUUGAAAGUUUUGAAGUCUAAUGAGUAAAUCAGUUUCGAAGAUCA